AUGGCGAGCUUACUGGAAGAAACUCUGUUUGAGAUCAGUGGGCAAGGUCCUGCACCUAUGAAGGACUAUUUCCACUUUGCAAUAACAAAAUCUCAGGUAAUUUGGAGCUGGUGGAAGAUAUCAUUGAGAUCAGACUGCAGGAAUACACCACCGGGACAACUAAGAGAAUUUCAUGAAGACUUCUUAGAAGACAGUCGUCUCCAAAAUCAAGUGGCCACGGUAUUUGGUCUUCACAUCUUGCAAUACUCCAAAAAUUUAUGCCAGGGCCACUAUGAUUACAUUGUGCGUCUCCCCAAUGCUUUACUUUUCAACAUCAUGGAACAUCUGGACCUUGAAGACAUCUCAGUCGUUUCACGCACCUGCCGUAGGUUUAGAAAACUUUGUAACUCCGAGGAGUUCUGGGAGCAGACCGUGAGGAAGCAUUGUGACACUGUGUCACCAACAGUGGAGGCUUUAGCUAAGGAGGUUGGCUGGAGGACAGUUUUCUUCACCAACAAGCUGCAGCUGCAGAUGCAGAUUAGUCGACGGAAGCAGAAGGAGAGUCAGCCCUGCGAGGAUAAAAACGAGCCAAGUCUCUCUUCGGUACCUUUGGAGUAAACGAUUGAAGACUGUGAACAAAGCCUUUUUUAAGUCUAAGGCUUCAUUUUUCAAAAAUAUCAUUUUUGCCUUCAUUGAAGAUUCAUUUUUGCGAAUGGUGUGCAUGCACUGACUUUGUUGUACAUCUGACAGACUGUUGCAUUUCUUCAAAUCUAAAAUGUUUUUAAACCAAUGAAAAAAAACCCUCUUAUAAUACCUCAAAUAUAGAACUUGAUUGAUAUAUUGUUGCAAACAAACAGUCUUGUUUUGUUCGUAAAAAGUAAUAGCACAUUUCAAUGAUAUGUCCUACUGUAUAUUUAUACAUUUUACUAAUUAAUACAAACACUGAAACAAAAUACUAUUUAGGCAAGUUUUUAAAAAAUCCAAUCCAAUAUUUUCACAGCUCAUCUGUAACUGGAUUCCUUUGAAUCAUAGCCAGAUAACCAUGGCAAUUCAUAAUUACCUUCAGCAGUCGUUAAAACCUGUCAAAACCAAUCAUAUCUCGAACAUUCUCAGCUGUUGGAGAAGGGCCAAUUUAUCACUUCACCUCUCCUUGAUAAUUUUAAAUAACAGUAUGCUUGAGAUAAUAACACUUGAGUUAUUUAUGAGCGUGCGGUU